AAGAAGGGAAGGAGCACAGAGGCCCUCUUUCAUGGCAGAGCAUUACAUUAGCAAUAGCAUCCGUCCAAUAUGAAGCUGCUAAUCUCUCUUCCAUUAAUACCUGUAUAUUUCUGUAAUAUCUAGAGAGAGAAGGAGGGAGGGAGGGAGAGAGAGUGAGAGAGACACUUUUAGUAACUCGGUUCCACUCUUUCAAGAAACAGCACCCUUCUUGUGUAAUUCAUCGAAAAAAAAAGCACCCUUCUUGUGUCUUUUCCCUGUUCUGAAACAUUCGGUGGCCAUUCCUGCAUCUCGAGGUCGGCUUCAUCCGUACUAAGACAACUUAGCCGAGAACAGGCCUUUCGGUGGAGGAGCAGAGCAGCUAAAUUGUGGGCUUCGCCUCAUAACCAACCUCGUCGCUGGGCCUUUCAAUUCGAUCCCAGAGUUUUUACUAUACCAGUUUAGAGAGGUUGAGGUGUGGGUGAAAGCUUCUUAUUUCUUAAGCGGGAUCUAAUGGCAGGGUCCGGAGGCAGAUGGAGGGGUUGGAAGUGUUUUGCAGUGAUAGUGGUCGGAUUCCUCGUGAUAGCAGCCCUCUUCGCCUCGGCAGAAGAUGGAGCCGACAGAGACGCUCUGAGAACCAAAACCGACAGAGACGCUCUGAGAACCAAAACCGACGAUUCGCAGUCGCUUCUCGCCAGCAUACGGAACUUCCUGUGGCAGAAGCGGAGAGUAGGCUACACCCGUGUUUGGCCGGCAAUGAAAUUCGGUUGGAAAAUCGUGGUCGGAAGCAUAAUCGGGUUCUUAGGAGCGGCAUUCGGGAGUGUGGGAGGAGUUGGAGGUGGCGGUAUCUUUGUCCCCAUGCUUAAUCUCAUCAUCGGUUUUGACGCCAAGUCGUCGACUGCAAUAUCAAAAUGUAUGAUCAUGGGAGCGGCAGCUUCAACAGUUUACUACAACCUUAAUCUGAGGCACCCGACGCUCGACUUGCCAAUCAUCGAUUAUGACCUGGCCCUUCUCUUCCAACCGAUGCUCGUGCUUGGUAUUAGUAUUGGAGUUGCCUUCAAUGUUGUAUUUGCCGACUGGAUGAUCACAGUCCUGUUGAUCAUCCUCUUCUUAGUCACAUCUACGAAAGCAUUCAUGAAGGGUGCCGAGACUUGGAAGAAGGAAACCACAAUGAAGAAGGAAGCGGCUGCACUCGUGGAAUCAAAUGGGAAUGGAGCUGAGGACGUAAAAUUUAAGCCUCUUCCUGGAGAACCGGCCAAUGGCAAUGGAACGGAGGCCACUGAAACUAAACGAACAAAGGUCUCUGUCAUGGAGAACAUUCCGUGGAAGGAAUUUGGAGUCCUUUGUGCAGUUUGGGUGAUCAUCCUCGGUUUGGAAGUCGGGAAGAAUUACAGUACCGAGUGUUCGGCAUUAUACUGGGUAUUGAACCUGGGGCAGAUACCGGUGGCAGUAGGAGUGUCGGGUUACCAGGCAGUGUGCCUGUACACAGGGAAGAGAGUGAUUGCAUCGAAGGGAGAAGAGGGCACUGACUGGAAAGUUCAUCAGUUGGUUCUGUACUGCUUAUGUGGGAUGGCUGCCGGUAUGGUUGGUGGGUUGCUUGGUCUCGGUGGAGGGUUCAUUUUGGGUCCACUUUUUCUCGAGCUAGGAAUUCCUCCCCAGGUAUCAAGUGCCACUGCUACUUUUGCUAUGACAUUUUCUUCGUCCAUGUCUGUCAUAGAAUACUACCUUCUUAAACGUUUCCCCGUUCCAUACGCUCUUUACUUCAUUGCUGUUGCAACAGUCGCUGCCUUCACAGGACAGCACAUUGUGCGGAAGAUAAUCACCAUUCUCGGGAGAGCAUCUCUCAUCAUUUUCAUCCUCGCCGGAACAAUCUUUAUCAGUGCAAUAGCUCUAGGUGGAGUCGGUAUAGCAAAAAUGAUUGAAGCCAUAGAGGAACAUGCCUAUAUGGGAUUUGAGAACCUAUGCACAUAUGAUUCUUGAAGAAGAUUAAUGUUUCGUCAGCUUCAUAGAUAGUCAUGUAACACUCAAUUAAUUAGCAUAUAGAAAAAGAGGGCUUCGUCUUCCUUUGAUAUGAGUCCUCGGGUUUGUUGUCUAGCUAGUUGUAUAAAGAAAUGAAAUAAUUGUUUAUUUCGGUGAUUCUUUUUAAUGAUAAAUGAUUAAUCUA